AUGUCGGCAGACUUUUGGGCGGGGUAUAUCAGUGGUGCGAUUGGAAUCCUUGUUGGUAACCCACUGGACAUUCUCAAGGUGCGGCUACAAGCAAAGGAUGCAAUUGGCGCUCAAAAUGCCUCUUCAUACCUCCGUCAGUUUGAGGGUACAUCCUCUCUGAUAUCGGGCACGGCAGCUCCUGUGCUCGGCUAUGGUGCGCUUAAUGCGUUGCUGUUCGUAUCUUAUAACCGAAGCGAGUCCGCCAUCAACAAUGCGCUCAAUACUCAGUCAAAUCUUUGGACAACCUGGGUAGCUGGCGCAAUCGGCGGUUUGGCGACUUGGGUGGUCAGUACACCCACUGAGUUGAUCAAGUGUAGAGCACAACUUUCAUCGCCACCGGCAUCCAGCUGGAGCAUUGCAAAGUCGGUUCUCAGAAACGAGGGAAUAAGAGGACUAUAUCUUGGUGGCGUUGUGACGGCCCUGCGAGACAGUAUCGGCUACGGCUUUUACUUUUGGUCGUACGAGUUGAGUACGCAGAUGAUGAUGUCUUCGAAGAAGCGUGAGACGUCAUUCAGCGAGGAUGCUGCCAAGGUCUUGCUCUGUGGCGGUCUGGCUGGGGUAGCGACCUGGGCCAGUAUAUUCCCCCUUGAUGUGAUCAAGACGAGAGUUCAAGCACAAGUUUUGUCUUCGGAAACGAGACCACUGAUGGACACCCGCCCGAAUCAAGCGAAAAGGCUCGGCGCAGUGGCUGUCGCAAAGGAAGCGUAUAGGGAAGGCGGCAGUCGAGUGUUCUUCCGAGGGUUGACCAUCUGUAGUGUCCGCGCUUUUUUUGUCAACGCGAUACAAUGGGCGGUAUACGAAUGGGUGAUGUAUGAGCUCGGCGAAGGAAAAUCGAGGGUUGUUGACCCAGAUGCUCAAAAAAUGGUGUAG